AUGUAUAAUAAUAAUAAUUAUUAUAAUAAUCGACAGACAUUUUAAAAUGUAGGUUAUUAAUCGAUGAACACCUAUAAUAAUGUACCUGCCUUCAAUUAAUAGUAGGUAUUGGAAGAAGAUUACAAGAGGUAACAUAUAUUUUAAAUGAUAGACGAUUACAAUAGAGACAAUAAUAUUUAUCCAUGUAAUAACUGAUAUAUGACUAGAACAUGAUGCUCAAUUAAUUAAUGUAUUAACAACAAUAUUAAUAACAAAUGCAACAAUAAUAAUACAAUUAAUAAUAUCAACAAUAUAUUUAAAAGCCAAAUCAAAAACCAAUAAAUGUUUAAUUAAAAUCAAUAACUUUAAAACCAUUAGAAUAUUAUUCUUAGUAGAUGAGUAGUAUUCAUUAUCCUCCAUAUGCUUAACCAUAUCCAUAAAGAUAAGCUGUUGAAAUCCCACAGAAAGAAAAUGAAAGACUCUAUGGUUUUAAAAAUGAUGUUUCCAAAAGAACUAUAGAAGUGUAAACAGAUGACAAAAUAACUGAGUACGAUAAAUUCUAAAGAAUGGGAUUGGCUAAUACAAUUAAUAAGCAAAUUGAUGAUAUUUGGGGACCAGAAAAAAGUGAGUAAGAACAGUAAAAAGCAUCUAUGGAUUAAAAAUAUAUGGGGAACUUUGAAAUAAAUUUAAAAAAUGAAAAAGAAUAGAAAGAGAAAGAGCUAGAAUAAGCAAAAUAAUACUAAAGAAAAAGAUUUAAGCCACCUGGAAUGACAAAAGAGUAAAAUAUAUAUUAAUAUUCUUAGAUAGUGGGCAAAGAUCAAUUUCAAAAUUUUUAGAGAUUAAUUUAUUUACAUAGCAUUAUACUUUUAUAGAUUAAGAAAAUAUAUAGAGAGCAGGAAAUAAAUGGCUUUGAAUUAGAAAGGUGAAUAGGCUAUUAAAUGUCUAUAAAACUUUUUAGAAAUGUUUUAAAAAAAUUCAUCAAAAGUUAUAGUUCAGUUUUCUAGUAAUAAAGAUAAUUUGAAUAUUUCUGAUAAGAGAAAAAUCUUAGAAGCAGAAAUGAAAUAGAGAGUAUAAAAUCUUAAAAUUCAAACCAAGAAAUUGUUCCAAACUUUGAUUUCGAAUUUUAAUGCAAAAGAUAUUAAGCCAGAAACCAUUGAAUUUUUGGGAUCAAUACUUCAUGAUUAUGAAUUUCCUAUUUAAAACUUUUUGUUUCUUUUUGAAAUAAAUAGACUCAAUUUUACUCAUUUUGGUUAAUUAGUUAAUAUGACUGAUAUUAAAGCAUAAUGUUUAUUGAUAUCUUUAAUUUUAAUAAGAGUUUUUAUUCUCAGAAUUAUAUUAAAGCCUUGGGCUGAAUUUCCAGAUAGAGUUAAAAAAAAAGAGCUAUUUGAAUAAAAUUGUUAUAUAGUAGGAAGCUUAAUGUAUUAAAUAAUUAUGGAUCUUCUAAAAUCUAAAUGGUUUUCAAAACUUGGUAAUUAAUCUCAUUUACCCUCUAAAUAUAAAACCUAUCCUAGACCUUUAGGACCAUUAUUAUCUGAUAAUUACUAAUUGCCUGAAGAUGUAGCAGAAGUGAGAUUAAUUAGAUUACUGGAAGAACCAUUAAUUAUGGGUUUAGCAAAUAGAGAAGACCUAAAGAGUAUUCUAGAAGAUGAUAAACCAUUUUGUAACGAACAAUAAAAGGUAAUAACAUAAUGGGCAGAAAAUAUCUAUAAAUUAGUUCACUAAAAUUAUUUACUAAAAUAGAAACAGAAAAGAAAAGAAAGAUAUGAAAAUAAAUUGAAGUUUAUUGAAGUUGCCUUCUAUACUAAAGAGGAGGAAAAAUAAAAGCAUUUAGAUAUUGCUUAAUAAAUCUAUGAAAAAUAUGAAUCUGCCUUGCCUUAGCCAGAAUAAGAUCAAGCAUGA